CUGGAAAAGCAUCAGUUGUUAGCCAAUCCAACUAUCACCAACAUGCGGUACUCUUGCGUCCUCCUCCUCCUGGCCCUCUUCGGCUGUGUCCUGGUCAGACAGACCAGUGGCACCGGCACCACAACCACCACCGUGGCGGCUGACACUACCACCACCACCUCUGCAUCGGCCACAACCACAACCACGGCAGCCACCACCACCACCGCCGCCGCCACCACAACUACCGCCGCCACAAGCUCAGCAGCCACAACCGCCGCACCUUCCACACCAUCUGGGGGCAAGACCAAGGUCAAGCGCCACUGGAAGCGCAAGGUGCACAAGGGCAAGAAGAGGUCCAUCCGCCGCAGGAACAGAAACAAGAGCAACAAGAGCGGCUAGGCUUGGUCUGACUCUAGAUCCACAAAUUUAAUCCGUAAAUGGAGCCACGAAUGGAUGCCUAAUCAUACCGAUUCCGAUACUGAUGCUGACCCAAAGGAAGUCCCGAAGAAAUCAUAUUUUUGUUAGCUUUUAAUUGUCCCUUUGUAUAUUUCUGUUCCUUAAGCUUAAGGCAAAUAUAAAAUUUGAUAACAAA